AAUCCAAUAAAAUACAUCCAAAACCCAUCACUUCGAUCGAUGUAAACUCUAACAACAACAACAACUCAUUUCAAUAUUUCAUCAAAACAUUAUUUAAUUCACAGUGAAAAUAACCUCAAGAAGCAGAGUUGACCACUUCAGAUUUAGCAGUUUUGAUUGUGAUUAUCACUCUUUCAAUUAGUUUUGAUGGGUAGUAGUAAUAAGGAGGUGGUGUUACGGCUGAAGGCGGCUGCAGAGGAGGCGAUCGGGGCGAUUGGGUUGGGGUAUGAUCUUACAGAGGAUUUGAGAUUGAAAUAUUGUAAAGGGAAGUCACCCGAGUCGAGGUUGAUUGGUAUAGAUGAUGAACAGGUUAGAGAUAUUGCGAUCCCCGGUGGGAUAUUGAUUCAGAAUGUGUCGAAAUCGAUUAAUUGUGAUAAGGGUGAACGGAUGCGGUUCAGCUCGGAUAUUCUGUCUUUUCAACAGAUGGCUGAGCAGUUCAACCAGGAUGUUAAACUUUCAGGAAGAAUCCCAACAGGACAGUUUAAUGCUGCAUUUGAGUUCACAGGAUCAUGGCAAAAAGAUGCUAUGAACACGAAAGCACUCGCGCUAGAUGGUGUGUUCAUAACGCUUUACAAUAUCACACUCGAAAAGUCCCAGAUUGCAUUAUGUGAUCAUGUCAAGAAUGCUGUUCCAUCGUCAUGGGAACCUGCAACAUUAGCCAAGUUUAUUCAAAAGUAUGGUACACAUGUAAUCGCGGGUAUCAAAAUGGGAGGAAAAGACGUUGUGUAUUUGAAGCAACAACAUUCAUCAACUCUUCCACCUGACGAGGUGCUAAGAAAGCUCAAGGAUGUAGCGGAAAAGAGGUUUAGCGGACAACCUUCCGAUAGCAUGAGAAAAAACAAUGAUUUGGAUCCGCUUGAAAGGAACGACUACGGCUUGAUAAACUUGGUUCCUGCAGUCGAGGAUAUAACUGUUUUCUGGAGGAGGAGAGGAGGAAGUUACGGCAAAAACCUUGACCAUCGCACAUGGUGUCAAACGGUUCAACUUGAACCGCAAGUGAUAUCAAUGUCGUUAAUUCCAAUCACAUCUUUAUUAAGUGGAAUCGAUGGCAACGGGUUCUUGACUCAUGCCAUCAAUCUUUAUAUCCGCUUUAAACCGCCAAUUGAAGAGCUGCAGCAAUUUUUAGAGUUUCAGCUUCCGACACGUUGGGCCCCAGAGUUCGGUGAGCUCGCAGUCGGGCCCGAGGGGAAACAGAACCACAGUGCAUCGUUACAGUUCAGAUUUAUGGGCCCCAAGCUCUAUGUUAACACAAAUCAGGUGGAUGUCGGUAACACACCAGUAACGGGCCUUCGGCUUUAUUUAGAAGGAAAAAAGAACGACUGUUUAGCGAUCCAUUUACAGCAUCUUUCAUCAAUGCCGAAAAGCUUUAAACUGGUGGCUGAGCCCAUCAAGAACUCCUUGAGCCCACAUUCUCAAGACCGAAGGUACCACGAAAAGGUUCAAUGGAAAAGCUUUUCACACAUCUGCACGGCCCCAGUGGAGUCUGACGACGAACACUCCAUCGUGACAGGAGCCGAAUUCGAAGUAAGCGAUUCCGGUCUAAAACGAGUCCUGUUCUUACGCCUGCAGUUCUCAAAAGUCGUGGGGGCCACAGUGGUUAGACAGCCCGAAUGGGACGGGUCACCUGUUCUUGUUACUCAGAAAUCUGGCAUUGUUUCAACCCUGAUCUCUACUCGGUUUUCGAGUGCUCAAAAACCGACACCACAGCCUAAAGAUAUUAUACUGAACUCGGCUUUACCUAUUGGGCCUCCAGUGACUGCUCAAGGAAAGAAGCUUUUGAAGUUUGUUGAUACAUCGGAACUGGUCCGGGGACCACAGGAUUUGCCCGGUUAUUGGGUCGUGUCGGGUGCUCGGUUGAUGGUCGAUAAAAGUAAGAUAUCGCUACGCGCAAAGUUCUCUCUUUUGGCUGUGAUUCCUGCUGAUGAAGAAAGCUUGCUGGAUUGAUAUUUGAAUUUUGAACUAGCAGUUGUUGUUCAUGUGCACAAUGUAGUAAGUUCAGAAUUGUGUUGUGUUGUGUUAAAAAAAUGUUGUAUGAUUUUUGUACAUUUUUGUGCAAUGGUGAAUGAUGUGUAAAUUUUUUAUGCAGUUGUUUGCUAGUUUGUAACUAUUUUGUAUUGUUAUUGAAAGUAUAUUAGAUGAUUUUCUUGUGUGUUA